AUGGCGGAGGCAGAUUGUGGCCACCCGGCGCGGCUCCGGCGGGGAGGCGUGCGUCAGCGCCGCCGCCUCCUUACUGCCGCUCACCCCCGGCCUCGGGAUGCCGGGGAGCCCCGGGAAGGAGCAGAGAGCACUGUGGACCCACUGUCCUGGGUGCUUGGGGGGGCCCGACGGCGUGGGACUGUCGGCAGCAAGGCAAAGGGUGGGGGUGUGCGCUUUGCCCCCAGCCAGCCCACCGAGGGGGCCCAUGGCCACGUGCACUUCGACGAGAAGCUCCACGACUCGGUGGUUAUGGUGACGCAGGAGAAGGAUGGCAGCUUCCUUGUCAAGGUGGGAUUCCUGAAGAUCCUCCACAAGUACGAGAUCACGUUCCUCCUGCCCCAGGUGCAGAGGCUGGGGAAGGACGUCUGUGCUGUGCCUCUCCCCAACCUCAACCUCCGAGUCAUCAGUGUCACUGCCCUACCAGAAGGCUACAGCGUGAAGUGCGAGUACACGGCGCACAAGGAGGGGGUCCUGAAGGAGGAGAUGGUCCUGUCCAGCGAGGCUGGUGAAGGCGCCUGUAUCAAGGUGGUGGUACAAGCCCGUGUCAUGGACCGGCAUCAUGGCACGCCAAUGCUCCUGGACGGGGUGCGCUGCAUCGGUGCGGAGCUGGAGUACGACUCGGAGCAGAGCGACUGGCACGGCUUUGAUUAG